GAAGCUUCAGUUACAUCCAUAGGGUUACUAAAGAUUGGUUCGAUUCUUGAAGUCCUCUUCCCAUCGACCAAAAACCGUAGCAUUCUCGGUGUCAAAUUUUUGCGGCCCACCUAAACUCGUCUAGGAUUACUUUGACUUGUGACCAUUGUUGUUUAUGCUUGAGUGGUGCGCCAUCGCGAAGGAAAACGAUCGGAAUAUCGAAGCAAUCCGGAAGUUGUCGAUUAGUAGUUUAAGCGCGGAAGUAAGCACGGCCUACUAAGUCAGUAGCUGGCGCUGGAAGUGGGACUACUUGGUGUGUGUGUUUUUUAGCGUGCAAGGCUAUAAACAGACCUUGCUUGUUGUUGAUGCUGUGAUCUCGAAGUCCUUUUUCGUGAGUUCUGCUUCUCUACUGGGAUUCAUUAGAGAUUAGAGCAGAGAGAAGAAAAAGAAGUUUUCCGAAGAAAAAUCAACACAUUUUCGCAGUUUCGGUUGCGAUAAUUCUUCCAGUGAAUUCUUUGAAAUACAAGAAAAUCAACUGAACAGGGAUUCGACAUUUUGGGUUUCGGAUAUCGGAAGUGAAAGUGGGGCUGGUAAAGAACAGAACAGGAAGCUGUGCCAGCGAGAGAGAUAGAGAGGGAGAGAAAGAGUAGUCAGGAGUAAUAAACUUCAUCGUUCGGUGCGUGUGUGUAAGUGAAGCCAAGGAUAAUAAAUUACAUAAUUUUCCGGGAGUGCGAGCUUACACAAACCUGUUCUGUCUGCUGCUGAGAAGAACAAGAAGAAGAAGAAGUUGGGAAAAAAGCAACCAGCAAAGCCAUCCAAUCCCGACUUCGUAACACCCGGUGGGAACGACGAUACUCUAACAGGAUCAACAUUUGGUUCCGAAGAUUAUCUAAACUACGUUGGAUUUGAGUUUAGCUUAGGAAGCAAAAAAAAACACAAACCCACACACAAAAUGGCCUUAAUCAUGAAAUACAUUGACAGUAUGCACCAUUACAUGGACCAUUAUGGAGAUCCCCGGACAAAGGAUUGGCCCCUGAUGUCAUCUCCCUUCCCCACAUUAGCACUAUGUUUAGGAUAUGUUUACUUAGUCAAAGUCCUGGGUCCGAGGCUCAUGGAGAAUCGCAAACCAUUCCAGUUAAGACACACCCUCAUAGCGUACAAUUUCAUCCAAGUCGUAUUCAGUGCCUGGCUGUUCUAUGAGUGUUUGAUGGGCGGCUGGUGGGAUACGUACAGCUUCCGGUGUCAACCAGUGGAUCACGGCACAACCGGUCAACCGAUGAGAAUUGGUUCAUCGGGUUGGCUAACGGGACAUUAUAACUUCCGAUGUCAGCCGGUCGACUAUAGUAACCACCCUAAAACGUUAAGGAUGGUGCACGCAUGUUGGUGGUACUACUUUUCGAAGUUCACCGAGUUCUUCGAUACGUUUUUCUUUGUGAUGCGUAAAAAGACUAGUCAAGUGUCGACGCUGCACGUCAUUCAUCACGGAUGCAUGCCAAUGUCCGUGUGGUUCGGCGUAAAGUUCACACCAGGUGGUCACAGUACCUUCUUCGGAUUGCUCAAUACAUUCGUACAUAUCGUUAUGUACACGUACUAUCUAUUUACGGCGCUAGGACCACAGUUCCAGAAGUACCUCUGGUGGAAAAAGUAUCUAACUACCCUACAGAUGAUUCAAUUUGUCGCAAUCAUGGUGCACGCCUUCCAACUGCUGUUCAUCGACUGCAACUACCCGAAAGCAUUCGUCUGGUGGAUCGGAAUGCACGCCGUAAUGUUCUUCUUCCUGUUCAACGAGUUCUACCAGAGCACGUACAAAGCGAACAAGGAGAGAAGAGAACGCGAGGCCGCGGCAGCUAAGAAGAAACAGGAAGACGCACUGCUGAAUGGCAGUGCCACCACGAACGGAAGUCUCUCGUCCAACGGCAGUGCCGUACCCGCCGCCACCGCCACCAACGGACACCUGCACGGGAAGAACGGCGCGGUCCACCAUCAUCACAAUCAUCACCAUAACCAUAGCAACGGUAGCAUCACCAGUAACGGUGGAGGAUCGUUACUGUCCAACGGUGGUGCCAAAGCUGCCACCGAUUUCUACGUGCGGGGUGAUCUCCCGGCCGAGAUCGAAAUCACGCAACGACAGCCCAGCAGCCGCAAUCCGGUCCAAUAAUAGCGAAUUAAAUCACCUUCCCUUCCAUAAGCCCCAUUUCUGUCCCUUCCUCCUCCGGACUCACAAACUGCUUCCCUCGGGUAGUCACAGAGCUAGAACCGUUCUCCCACACGCACCCACACACACAUACCCAGCUGUUUCUAUUGUUAUUAUUAAUUAAUUUAUUGUAAAACCUCUUCACUUUUACACAGCCCCACACUCACACAUCACUGUUGUUUUUUUUUGUGUUUCGUCAUGGUGCAAAAGAAAAACUAUUUCCGAUUUUGUUAAGAGCAAAAAACAAAUCAAAAAAACUGUUCUCCCUCCGAAAACAAAUGUAUAUGUCUCUCGCACAUACACACACACACACAUUGGCAUCAAGACUAAAACUGUACCACCCUUUUGUCCUCCUCUACACAACAACACCACCACCACCACCACAACAACCCAUCCCAAUAGGAAUAAAUUGUACUUGGAUCAAGAUAAGAAAUUAUUUCGUAGUUGCCUAGACGAGAGUGCGAGAGAAUGAGAAUCAGACAACAACCAGCCCAAUUUUUUUUUAAUUCUUUUUUUUUCCUGUUUUUGUUUCUGUCAACGAGGAAAACAAAAAAAACAUUCGAACACAGUCAGUCAGUGGUGAAACGGCGGAAACAAGUCUUUUAAACCGAAUAAUAAAAGCACAUUGUUUCAAUGUGUUGAGAGAGGAAGAGAACAACAACAACAACAACUAUUGAGUAUAAUAAUGCAGAAAACAAUCAAACAAAACGAGUAGCGGUGAAAACAAUAAAAAACUAAGCACAUGUUAGAAGAGUCAUAAAAAAAUAACACGGAAAACAAACAAAAAAAGAAAAGAGAUGAGAGUUUUUUUAAGUGGAAGCCAAAACAAACGUUAAAAGUGAAAACUUUUUACACAUUGCAUUACAAGAGAAACAAAAUGUUACCUUUAUUUAUAUUUUUAAAUAAAGUUAGUAACUUGUGGCAUAAGAUGAUAAUUGAGAUGGGCAGGUCAGGUCAGGUCAGGUAGGCAGGCAGCAGGCAAUAGAAAUUCUAGAUAAAACAACAACAAAAAAAUGGCGUUCUGAUGAGUGUUGUUUGAGUGCGGAACUGGACUCGAGAGAAAGAGAGAGAGAGUGCGCGACUGGCAAAUAUUCUACUUGUACAUAGUUUAGCUAACCUAAUGAAACUAGGCAUAAGGAGAGAAAAAAAACAAAACAAAACCGAAAAAAAAUGUGGUGAAGAUUCCAAAUUGAUAAAAAAAAUAGUAACCGAUAAGCAAGCAAAACUGACAGCCAAUUGGAAAUCUAGUGCUAUCUCUAUCUAGACGUUACGUAGAUGCGUCGUAUUUUUUUUCUAUAUUUUUUUCCGCUCGCCUUGAACGGUUGGUUGAUCCUUCAUUGGCACUAUGGAUGGCGCUUCAUUGAUGUGCUUUUUCGGUAUCCCUAUUCUGUCUCGUUUCGGGCGCCCUCAUACUGUGUCUUUCCCACCAUUUUGUUUUAUUUUUUGUUUGAAACAGUAAUAUCAACAUAAUAUACCUACUAUUCAGGAUCAGGAAGACGAACCUCUACACAAAGUGAAGUUCAGAAUAUACAUUUAAAAGUGGGUGAGGCGUUGGCUGACGAGGCUGCGCUUGCUAGGAUUAAAGCAUAAAAAAGAGAGAAAAAUUAACGAAGGAAAAAACUCUAAUGUGAUUUCUUUAUUUUUUUGUAAGGAAAGCAAAUGAUAUGCAAAAUAUACUAGUACUAAACAACUCCGUAUUUAAGUUGCAGUAAUUAAGCGAGCUACAGUAAGAAUGGCACAUCCAUACAUACAUACAUACAUACAUACAUACAAAUCGCCUACAGGGUGUGUGCUGAUAUUUACACUAGAGCACACACCGCGUAAGGGUAGUAGCUUACGGGCCGUUGGCCCGGCAUAGCAAACGUAAACGACAACAAAAAGGUGCUUGGAAAGUGAGGGAAUACGUAUGUGUUACCCUCGAGAUACUAAACACAUACAUUUAAAACAAAACACAAAAAAAAACGCGGAGUUGGAUUUUCUGUCUUUCCCAGAGCUUUCUGCUGGAGAAGGAAAACAAUUCAAUCCUAUUGACUUGAAAAUAGCGGUAUAUGAACAAAAUAAACAGAAAACCUGUAAAAACAAA